AUGGACUAUUCACGUCCUUAUCGCUCAAAGCGUCAUCCCCCAUGCGAUCAAUGCCGUCGCAAGAAAUUGCGGUGCGAUAGGAACGCAGAAAAUACUUGCCAGCGAUGCCAGCAGCGCAACUUGCCCUGUUCAUUUGAUCGAUAUCGACCAAACGAGCCAUCUCCAUCGACUGUGCUUCCGGGUUCUGUCCCUCUUCCAGUACAAGAACCAGCUCCAACACCUGCUCCUGCUCCUGCAUCAGUUCCACCUGUUUUCAGUGACUCUCCUCUAUUUCCCACCGGAAUUCCAAUUGACCUUCCGUUCAUCACUGAAUCCACGCCAGGGCGAUUUGGACAGACUAUACAAACCCUUGAUCAACUUCCGGGUUUGUCAACUCAGGUAAUCGGUGCGUCCGGCGAAUCUGAUCCAUGGCUGCUGCGACAUUGCCGGUUCGAUGAUCGUGGUUUCCUCCGGUUUCACCAGGUCCAUUUUCGCAAUGCUGGAGGCGUGCCUCUUGAAGAGAAAAUCCCAGUGCAUUUCUUGGUGACGGCAGAAGGACUAUAUAAUGCUUCCAAGGAAGCCACAGGGUUUCCCAAGAGGGACCUCAUUCGGGAGGAAUUGGAAUCAUUGAUUUCAUUAGAAUGUGGACAACGACUUGUGGCGCUCUUUAUCAAGUUUGUUUAUCCCAUGCUACCGGUUAUUUCAAGGUCGCAGUUUGGACUCUCUCUCGCGCAACCAAUCCCUGAUCAGCAGGUCCUCCGCAACACUCCAGUCCAUCUCUUAGCCGCCAUCUAUGCAUCCGCCCAACCGUUUGCCAAAUUCGACGAAUAUCUGUGUCUUGUCAACGCCUACACUCCAUCACCCACAGACCAACUAUGGCGCAUGGUUCUGGAGCUACUGCUGCAAGAGAUCCACACUCCUCAUUUGUCUGUGAUGCAAGCUGGCCUUCUCUACCUGCACAAACCAUUAAAAGGUAAAGAAAGCGCACUCGCAGAUAGUCCCUUCAUCUGGUCAUUUGUAGGGCUGUUGGUCGGGCUGGCGUCGUCGUUGGGACUAACACUAGAAUGCCGUCCGAUGGGGCUACCGGUAUGGGAGAAACGACUGCGACGUAGACUUUGGUGGGUGAUCUACAGCGAAGACAAAUGGCGCUGUCUGUUGAUGGGCAGGCCGCCAUAUAUCCGACACGAUGAAUGGGAUGUGACGAACCUAGAUGACCAGGAUUUUGAUUUGGACCGAUUGUCUGACGAUCAAGCACGCCAGGCUGGUCUUGCCUUUCAGCACUUUAGCCGGUUAUCGUAUAUUGCAGAUGAGGUGCAGCAUGCAUUAUUCUCCCUGAGAUCUGCACAACGUUUAUCAUCAAAUUUCUCUGAAUCCCUCCAUGUCGCUCGCACUCUCCUCCGAAAGCUCAAAGAUUGGUAUUCGGCUUUACCAGCACAGCUCAAAUCACACACAGGGCACUUCACCAUCGACGACCCAACACCACAUUCCACAUCCACCAGCCUACACUUCGCCUACAUUCUCCUCGAAAUUUUCAUUUUCCGCGCCCUACUCCGACCCCUAGUCCGUUCAGCAACACCACCGCCACUCUUCGAAGAAGGCACAGAACCACUACCGACAAUGGAAAUGCACGAUCCGGAAAGCUUCAACCUCGUCGACGAUUAUAUCUCGGAGAUUGUUGAGGCGGAGGAAAUCGAACCCGUCCCGGCUAUUGAAAUGACACGCGAAACGGAUAUCGGAACUGUCAAGGCCGCAGAAAACUGCGCAGCUAUUAUGUUGCGGUUGGUUAUGCGGAUGGUAUGCAGUGACUUGUCUGGGUUUUGGUAUUCCUGGAUUCGAAUUGGCUUUGCUACUGUCUCAAGUUUCAUGUUACUCUUGGUCGUGCAAGCUCCCUCCAGAGACCAUGCAAUCCGUGCAAGGCGACUGGUAUAUAUGUGGCGACAGGCACUACGCAGUCAGAGCAAAGGCUGUGACUUGAUGGACUUGGCUCUCGUCCGGUUAGACGGGAUGCACUGGACGGGGUUGAGUCGGAAUUUCUAUCUGCCUAGACAUGUUGAGGAGGCACUUAAUAUGGACUAA